AUGAGUUUGAAAAUAUCGAAAAAUUCAAAAAAUCGGAAUGAAGAAAGAAAAGUACAGAAUAACGAAAAAGUAACGAGUGAAAGUAGAAGAAAUCGACGGCGAAGCCGAGAGAGAAGCGUAACGCGAUUAAAUCGUUUAGGAGGACGAGAACACCACCGAGAUAGAGUGGAUAGUUGUAUAUUUUCAGGUGAAUCUCAAGUUGUUACAUCAUCUAAUAAAAGCAAUCGUCAUCAGGUUUCCUCAGGUUUUGCACAGAUUGGUUUCGGUAAUCGUCGUCUUGGAUUUUCACGAAAUUCAUACACUAAUGGAUUUGAAAAUCGCUCAGGACAAUUCUUCCGCGGCAACAUGCCGCGAAAUGGAAGAGGGAUACGAGAUAACAUGGAACAUCGCCUUCCAUAUGGACGAACGGAUCGUAGAUCACAACGUUUUGAAAUUCGUUCCGAGGCAACAACGAAAGAAAAUUCUGAAAAACCAGUCAUGAAUCUUUUUGAUCCAUGUAAGGUACCCACCGGAAAAUCAUAUUUCACACACGAUGAUCGAACUAAUGUACCUAUUCGUUCGCGUAAUAUGCGGAGAAGUAAUACAAGAAGAAUGAAUUUCGCUCCUGUUGGUUGGCGGAAUGCUGCACGAGCUUAUGAUUCUGAUAGAAACGACGAUAUAGGUGAUGCUUCAAGCCGAAAUCGACAAGACAGUCAAAGGCGUCAUGGAAAAAGCGCGUCAGAUGGCAUAUGGAAACAUGAUCUUUUUGAAAAUGAUAGCGAAAUAUCGAAAGAAAGUCGUAAUUUAUGA